AUGACUACCCCGAACGUUUCGGCCGACCUUGUCUGGGAGAUUAGAAGACCGAACUACGAUGGAAGCGAAAACGAAGGACGGAAGGAAUACCGCAACAACGAAUACCGAUCUGACUCUAUUGUAUCUGCAGGCUCCCAGAACUCGUACUUGGUCAAGCGCACCAAGAACGCCAAGGUCCAGUUCUCGCGCGACCCCCUGAACCUGACGAACGUCCACAGCCGCAAGUACGCCGGCUUCGUCAACGACAAGACAUUGAAGAAGGAGAAGCGGCCUGGCAAACUCGACCUCUUUUCUUAUGCUGCUGUUCCCUCCACGACAGACAUAUCGGGCGAUCGGUCGGUCUUUCGAUUUUGCGACAAACGAUUUUGCGACGAGGAUCGAAGCCGAUGCGAUUUGUCGACUUGGAGGGAAACUGGCGAGAAGAGAACGACUACGACUGCUCUCGGCAUUGUUGCCAAUAAGGAGGGUGGUGUCCAGGUCAUCAGCAAGACCAAGGCCGCCAACAAGCCUGCUUCUGGCCAGGUCACCUCCAACCAGGGUGCCAACAAGUCCGCAAGAAAGACCUACCGCUCCGUCGCCACUUUGGUCGCCAAGUCCGGCUACCGUGCUGACCUGCGCGCCGCCGCUGUCUCCCGUGCCUCUGCCAUCCGCCGCUCGCAGCGCCCCGUCAAGCCCGACCACGAGGUCAAGCUCCGCGGCAAGGCCGCCCAAAAGGCCGCUGAGUCCUCGUAA